AUGGAAGGGGAAGAGGGAUCUUUAGACAAGGUCCCGACUUCUGUCACAAAGACACAGUCUUCAGCUGAAAGUGUGAAAGCAUCAAGAAGUGUUACAAAACCAACUGUCUCAUCUUCUUUGAAAGUCUCUGGUUCUAUUACUGGAACUACCCGAAAGAAGAUAGAACCCAAGGGUGCUUCAAACAUGGUCAAAUCAACUACAAGGAAACCAACCGUAGAUCAUGGCAAUACUACUUCCAAUUCCGCCCCUGCCAUUCGAAGGAAUAGCACUGGGAGUUUACCUGAAAAACAACAGCAACCUCCGGUUAAGAAACAGAUCAGUAGUGGUGGUGGUUCAGCUGUUGGAAGGAAGAUUAGUUCUUUGACCACAACCGAGCCAUUGAGGAGGUCUCUUCCUGAAGCCCAUAAGAGCUCACAACCUUCUUCUCCCAUUGUUAGAGCUUCUAGAACCAUGGGCAGUAAAUCUGAAGCAAGCAAAGGACAAUCUUCUCUUACAUCUAAUGUUAAAUCAUCUCCAUCACUUUCUUCAUCAUCAUCAAGAAUUCCUUCAACAUCCAUCGACAGCACUGCAAGCAGCACAACCAGGAAGUCAAUUUCAAAGCUCUCAUCAUCUGCAGCUUCCAGUGGAUCAAAAUCUGGGUCUCUAUCAUCUUCCCGUGAAAGAAUGUCAACUUCAUCAAGUCAAAGGAAAGCAGCAACUCCUGAAAUCAGGAUAUCUCGUUUGAUCAUGCUUCCCCAAGUUGAGACUAAAGCUAAUGAUGAUGUGAGAUUGGAUCUUAGGGGUCACAGAAUCCGUAGUCUGAAAGCUGGCAUGAACAUGUCUCCUAAUUUAGAGUUUGUUUAUCUCAGGGACAAUCUGUUAUCUUCAUUAGAAGGCAUUGAAAUACUGAAGCGGGUUAAGGUUCUUGAUUUGAGCUUUAAUGAUUUCAAAGGGCCAGGGUUUGAACCACUUGAAGCCUGUAAAGCCUUGCAGCAACUUUACCUUGCUGGGAAUCAAAUCACCUCACUGACAUCACUUCCUGCACUUCCAAAUUUGGAGUUCCUUUCAGUUGCACAAAACAAGUUAAAGUCUCUUUCAAUGGCAAGCCAGCCGCGAUUACAGGUGUUAGCUGCCAGCAAGAAUAGAGUAUCAACACUAAAGGGUUUUCCAUGUCUGCCAUCACUAGAGCAUUUACGGUUGGAGGAGAAUCCUGUACUUGAAAUGCCACAUGUAGAAGCAGCUUCUAUUUUGCUUGUUGGCCCAACUCUGAAAAAGUUCAAUGACAGAGAUCUUUCUCAUAAAGAGAUCACAUUUGCGAAAAAUUAUCCUCCACAAACAGCAGUUUGCAUUGCAAAAGGUUGGGAGUUUUGCCCGAGAGAUCAAGCCCUAGAGUCAACUUUUCAUUUUCUUGUCGAACAAUGGAAAGACCAUUUUCCACCUGGGUACAUGCUCAUGGAAGCCUCAGUUGAUCAACCAUUUGAAGAAGAUGCUUGUUUCUGUCACUUUCUUUUUACCAAAGAUAAAAUAAAUAAUGAUGAGUCAGAAUUAGUUUUGCAUUAUCAAUGGUUCAUUGGAUCCACACCUCUUUCAAACUUCACUCCAAUUCCAAAUGCUACAGCUGAGGUGUACUGGCCAAAACGUGAUAACGUGGCCAAGAUUUUGAAGGUGGAGUGUACUCCUGUAUUAGGAGAUACCAAAUAUCCCCCUAUAUUUGCUAUAUCUUCACCAGUCUCCCCAGGAACCAGAUGCCCAAAGGUUUUAAAGCUUGAUGUGCGUGGAGAACUAGUGGAGGGAAACAUAAUCACAGGCCACCCAGAGGUUGCAUGGUGUGGUGGGACCCCAGCAAAAGGCAUUUCUAGUUGGUUAAGGAGAAGAUGGAAUAGUAGUCCAGUGGUGAUUUCUGGUGCUGAAAAUGAGGAGUAUUUGUUGACUCUAGAUGACAUUGGUUCAUGUCUAGUUUAUAUGUACACUCCUGUAACAGAAGAAGGAACCAAAGGAGAGCCUCAAUAUGCAAUCACAGAUUAUAUAAAGCCUGCUGCCCCAUCAGUUAACAAUGUGCAAAUAAUGGGAGACAUUGUAGAAGGAAAUGCCAUAAGUGGGACAGGUGUCUACUUUGGAGGAAAAGAAGGACCAAGCAAGUUUGAAUGGCUGCGUGAGAAUAAAGAUACAGGAGACUUUGUCCUGGUGCUAACUGGAACAACAGAAUAUAAUUUAUCCAAGGAAGAUGUUGGUUCCCGUUUGGCUUUUGUAUAUCAUCCUGUGAACUUUGAAGGCCAGGAAGGAAAAUCCACUUCAGCACUAUCUCCAAUAGUCAAACGAGCUCCACCAAAAGUAACAAACUUGAAGAUAAUCGGUGAUUUAAGGGAAGGAAGUAAGAUUACAGUGACUGGUAAUGUAACUGGAGCUACAGAAACUUCUAGUAGAGUACAAUGGUUCAAAACAUUUUCCUCAAUUCUUGAUGGUGAAAAUGGUCUAGAAGCAGUAAGCACAUCCAAAUUGGCCAAGGCUUUUCGCAUACCCUUAGGAGCUGUUGGAUGCUACAUUGUUGCCAAAUUUACCCCUGUGAAUACAGAUGGUGAAUCUGGUGAACCAGCUUACAUUAUAUCGGAUAAAUCAGUUGAAAAUCUUCCCCCGAAUUUAAAUUUCUUAUCAAUAACCGGCGACUACUCUGAAGGUGGAAUACUAACAGCAUCUUACGGGUACAUAGGAGGUCAUGAAGGAAAGAGUAUUUAUAAUUGGUAUCUUCAUGAGGUUGAGACGGAGCCUGGUGUGGUGAUACCUGAGGCUUCUGGUUGCCUUCAGUAUAAUGUCACAAAAGAUGCCAUUGGUAAAUUUAUCUCCUUUACAUGUACUCCAUUACGUGAUGAUGGAAUUAUAGGGGAGUCAAGAACUUGCAUGGGACAAGAGCGUGUUCAACCAGGAAGCCCUAGAUUGCUGUCGUUACAAGUGGUUGGGACCCCAGUUGAAGGCACUACAUUAUCUGUUAACAAACAAUACUGGGGUGGUGAAGAGGGAGAAUCUGUUUUUCGCUGGUUUAGGACUAGCUCAGAUGGUAUGCAGAGUGAAGUUGCAGGUGCUGCCACGUCAUCGUACUUGCUUUCACUUGAUGAUAUUGGUUUUUCUAUAUCGGUUUCAUGUGAACCUGUGAGAAAGGAUUUGGCCCGUGGUCCUAUUGUAUUAUCUGAACAAAUUGGACCAAUAUCUUCUGGGCCACCAACUUGCAAGUCACUUGAGUUUCGUGGGUCAAUGGUUGAAGGAGGACAGUUGACCUUCAUUGCAUCUUAUAGUGGAGGGGAGAAAGGAGCUUGCUUCUUUGAAUGGUUUAGAGUGAAGGAUAAUGGUAGCAAGGAGAAACUACAUUCUGAAGAUCGUUUGGAUUUGACUCUAGAGGAAGUAGGAACAUUUGUGGAGCUUGUUUAUACACCUGUGCGAGCAGAUGGAGUUAAAGGAAACCCAAAAAGUAUUAUAUCUAGUCCUAUUGCUGCUGGCGAUCCUACGGGUGUCAAACUUGUAAUUCCUGAUUGCUGUGAGGCCCAAGUUGUGGUUCCCUUAAAGACAUAUUUUGGUGGACAAGAAGGUGAAGGAAAUUACAUCUGGUACAGAACUCGGUCAAAGCUUGAUGCAUUGACUCUCAUGGAUAUAUCAGAAAAUGCUGGUGAUGACGUGGCGACAUGCGGGAAAACACUAACAUACACUCCAUCACUCGAAGAUGUGGGAGCUUAUUUGGCUUUGUAUUGGGUCCCAACUCGCUCAGAUGGAAAAUCCGGGGAACCGUUGGUGUCCAUUUGCAAUAAUCCAGUGGGUCCCGCUUUUCCGGAAGUUUCCAAAGUUGGUGUAAAGGCGUUGUCUUUAAGCAGUUAUUCUGGUGAAGGAGAGUAUUUUGGUGGUUAUGAAGGAGAAAGCAUCUUUAGUUGGUAUAGAAAAACUAUAGAGGGAACAAUUGUUUUAAUCGAUGGUGCCCACUCAAAAACUUAUCAAGUUUCAGAUUCAGAUUACACCUGUCGAUUAUUAUUCGGGUAUACGCCUGUUCGUAGCGAUUCGGUUGUUGGUGAGCUGAAGUUGUCGGAGCCAACUGGCGUAAUUCUCCCAGAGAUUCCAAGAAUUGAGAUGCUUGCGCUUACUGGUAAGGCUGUUGAAAGGGAAGUAUUGACUGCCAUUGAAGUUAUCCCAAAGAGUGAUGCUCAACAGAACGUAUGGCAAAAGUACAAGAAGCAUGUCAGAUACCAAUGGUACAUUUGUUCAGAAGAGAACAAAUCCUUUGAGCCAUUACAAUCACAAUGUUCUUGCUCAUAUAAGCUGCGAUUUGAUGACAUUGGUAGUCGCUUCAAAUGUGAGUGCAUUGUAACAGAUACAUUUGGAAGAUCGAGUGAACCAGCAUAUUCCGAAACUGCCCCUGUUUCCCCAGGGAUUCCUAAAAUAGAGAAGCUGGAAAUUGAAGGUAGAGGUUUCCAUACAAACUUAUAUGCAGUUCGUGGUAAUUAUAGUGGAGGUAAAGAGGGUAAGAGUAAAAUCCAGUGGCUUAGAUCAAUGGUUGGAAGCCCAGAUCUUAUUUCUAUUCCAGGUGAAACAGGAAGGAUGUAUGAAGCAAAUGUAGAUGAUGUGGGAUACAGGUUGGUUGCCAUUUAUACCCCUGUAAGAGAAGAUGGAACUGAGGGAUGUCCAGUUUCUGCUUCAACUGAACCAAUAACUGUUGAACCUGAUGUUCUUAAAGAAGUAAAGCAGAAGCUUGAUCUUGGAUCUGUCAAGUUUGAGGCAUUAUGUGACAAGGACAGAUCUUCGAAGAAGGUUUCUGGGGUGAGUAGUCUUGAGAGAAGAAUUUUGGAAGUUAAUAGGAAAAGAGUGAAGGUUGUGAAGCCUGGUUCCAAGACUUCUUUCCCAACAACUGAGAUUCGGGGAAGCUAUACCCCUCCAUUCCAUGUGGAGACUUUUGGGAAUGACCAACAUAGGCUGAAGAUUGUUGUAGACAGUGAGAAUGAAGUAGAAUUAAUGGUUCAGACACGACACUUAAGAGAUGUGAUUGUGUUGGUCAUCAGAGGCUUUGCUCAACGAUUCAACAGUACUUCUCUUAACUCCCUCCUCAAGAUUGAUGUGUGAGAUCAAGUCACCAAAUCUUUGUAUAUUUGAGCUUCUACCCCAUGAUUGUUUGCUUGGCGUUUGUUGUUAAAUAUCCCAUUAAGACAAAAAAGAGAAGAGAAAACAGUAUAUAUUAUUGUGAUGUUUGUUGUAGGGAUGUACAUGUAACUUAUUGGUUUUUUGAAUGUCUUCUUCCAUACUCUUACUUGUGUGGCUUGUUUUUGAUGAAACUAAAUGGAUG